AUGGUUGCAAAGGGCUCCCCGAAGGUCAAUAUGAUUGCAAGGGCAUCACCAAAGUUGCACAAGUUCCUAGCAAACCCAAGUGGCAUUAAGAAAAAGGCUUCUCCUAAAUGCAGUAAGGCAAAGAAGGCUGGAGGUUCUCCGAGAGUAAAGCAAAGAGCAGAGUGGAAUCCGGCCCUUGAGAAGUCCCUGGUAGACAUUCUCCACGAGUAUAAAGAUAGUGGCUACAGAGGUGACAAUGGUUGGAGCUCAGAAGGGUGGAAUAAGAUGGUGAAGGAGUUCCAUCUGAGGAACAAGUAUGUCAACUACACAAAGAGUCAGAUUCAAGACAAAGAAGUGCAACUAAAGAGAGACUAUAGGAUGCUAAAAGAGGCAAGGCAGCAGAGUGGGGCCACCUGGAAUGAAGAUAGGAAUGUGAUUGAAGGAACACCAGCUCUGUGGGCUAACCUCGAAGUGACAUUCCCUAAAAUCAAGAAAUUCCGCAACAGUAAGGCAAGAUUUCCAUUAUUUGAUGCUUUGGGAGAGCUUUAUGAUGGUCAUUUGGCUGAAGGUACGUACAAUAUCAAUUCCCUUGAGCCACCACAAGAGGAAGCACCACUUCGACAAAUUCAUGAUGUAGAUGACUUGGACAACAAUGAGGUCCAUGAGCUACUAGAUGACGAUGAUUUAGUCACUGAGAUGCAAACAAGUGAGGCUGCUGAUGAAAGAAAUGAUGGGGAGAAAAAUGAGAUCAUAGAUGUUGAAAGAAGCGGGCAGCGAAGAACUACUACUACUACAUCAAGCAAAAAACAUGAGAAGCAAAUGAAGAGGCCUAAGAACAAGGGUGAAAGGAUUGAAGAAAUGAUGGGGAGAUACCUAGACAUGCGGACUAAGCAAGUACAGGAUGAGUCUGCAGAGCUAGCCAAAGAAAAGGAGGAUCUAGCCAAAGAAAAAGAAGUUGCUCAAGAUAAUGACUUCUCUAUCAAAAGGUGUAUAUCUGUGCUGAGCACGAUGGAAGUGACAAAGGAAGAAAAAGCAAAAGCAUUUGCUGUUUUCAUCAAAAGCAAAGAGAAUAGAGAGGCGUUCCUAAGUGGGUGUGAACUAGAUCAAGAAGCAACUUUGGUUUGGCUUAAAAGUGCGAUGGUCUAA